CGAGGCAGAAGCGGGCGAGCAGGGGACUCGGUGGCAUCGACAGUGGAGAGGCAAGGCCGUUUGGUACCACUGGAAUCCUAAGGGAUUGAGCCUCCUUUGCCGAAUAUCGCUGGCGCCUCGUCAAAGCCCAGGACUGCAUAGCCCUGAACCGCUGGCACACAACUGCAUUCAUUCCCAAGUGUAGAUGUAUCUGGGUUCAGAGAUGGGGAUUUUCCUCCCUCUUGGGCUUGGCUUUGCGCUGCUCUCUCAAGGUCUCUCUCUCUCGUCUCUUGCAGAUCCAGUCGGGGAAACGUUCUUCAAAGACGGCAAGAACCAGGCGUGGGGCUCGCUGGGACCCGGCGUCCAGAAAGGCAGUGGUCAGAUCCAGUUGUGGCAAUUUCUGCUGGAGCUGCUUUCAGAUCGGGCCAACUUGAACUGCAUUGCCUGGGAAGGCACCAAUGGCGAGUUCAAACUCCUGGAUCCUGAUGAAGUGGCGAGGCGCUGGGGUGAGCGCAAGAGCAAGCCCAACAUGAACUAUGAUAAGCUCAGCCGUGCCCUACGCUAUUACUACGACAAAAACAUCAUGACCAAGGUGCAUGGGAAACGCUACGCUUACAAGUUCGACUUCCAAGGCCUGGCCCAAGUCUGCCAGCCAGCAACGCCUGACCAUACCCUCUACAAGUUCCAGGCCCCCCUGCCCUUCUCUGGGAUCUCCAAACUCAACAUCAUGGCCUCAGGGGUGACUCCAACUAGCUUCUCCUAUUGGCCAGGUUCUACCCCCACCUUGUACCCCAGCCAUGGGUUGCAGCCUUCAGCACCUUUUGGCACCAUGGCAACGUCCCACAUCAAUAACAUGAACAGCCACUACCACUAGGCCUCUCUUGGCUGCAGGUGGGGUGGGAGGCUGUGCAGGGAUUCAUGUAUUUCCAGUUUGAUCAAGUGGGCAGGGGCACUUCAUUGAGAUGGGACUGGAACUCAGCAAAGAAGGAGAAUGAACUGUGCCAGAGGUAGGAAUCAGGCAGCCCUCCAGAUAUUGUUGGACUGCAAGUCUCAGCAGCCCCUGGUCACCAUAGCUAAUGGUGAUGAAUGAUAUGGAUUAAGAUUCCAAAAUGCCUGGAGGGCCACAUGAUUCCCAUCUGUGAUCUUCUGGGGUGAGAUCCUUUCCCAAUGAAUAUAGAAUCCAUAACCUCAUAGGGAACACUUCAGCAAUGUUGAUGAUUUCUCUAUUUAAAAAUUUCUCCCCUAAUAUAUUCCUAAGACUCAAUUGGACUCUAUUGUACUUUUGGAAUCUUGGUUGUUGAUUCUGGAGAAUUGAGAUCAGCAUGGAUACAGCUCAGCAAUGUGGAGAAACCCACACAUGUUUAGAGAUUAGUGAGGGAGUUGGAGUGAGACAGCAGGGUUAGGGUUGGGGAAUCUUAAAUGUUGAGGCUAAAUCUAGCUCUCCCUGGGAUCCCAGUCAUGUUUUCUAGGCCUCCCCAGAUGGCAUGCCCCAAUUUUCAUAAUACAAUUAUUUGGUGGCUUUCCAGUUUUUGUGUAGUUUUUCUGCCCCCAAUUUUAAAAGGUUGACAUACUUCUUUUUAGGGCUAAAAUACACUGAUGUUUUUGGUCCCACGACUUUGCCUUUGGUUCCAUCCAAGAACAGAAUGAAGGCCCCAGUAACUUCUUUGAAAUUAUACGAUAUUUAGGCCCGGGACUGAAUGAGGUUCCUAGCUCUUUCUAUAAGGAAUGUCCAGUUUAGGGCUUGGAAGCUAGUGAUGAUAAGGUGCGUGGAAGAUAGUGAUGGAAUAUCCCAAAAGAAAAUGAGCAAAGCCUUUUAUAACAUAUGUCAGCAUUUAAACACUUCCUAUAUAGUACCGUACAUUUAGCAACUUUAAAUAAAUCAAAGUGGAGGCUACUCCAAACUCGUUUUACUUUUGAUUUUCAGGCCAAAACUAGAAAUUCUGGAAGUAAGGUAAAUUCUUUUCUCUCCCAACCAGAACAUAUGAAUAAUAUUUAGCUCUCUCCCUCCAAACCUGGUUGAUAUCAUGCUUUUCCUCAGCGUGAUUUAGUAAUUUCAGCAUUGGAACACCACUCUGGAAAUCAGAGUUAGACUCUUCACUCAGCCAUAGAAAUUCACUGGGUGACCUCGGGAAGGUCACAUUCUCUCAACCUCAGAGAAAGGCAAAGGCAAAUGUCUUCUGAACAAAUCUUGUAAAAUAAACUCUGCAGUAGGCUCACCUUAGGGUGCCAUAAGUCCAAACCAGCUUGAACAUAUAGAGAACAACAAAGGGAAUGGGAGCACAGCCAAGCACAUCUAGAUGUUAGAAGGUGCCAGCUGAGGGUAAGAGAGGGAAAUAGAAAUGAACAACUCAACAUUUUAAUAAAGAAUGUAUUUAAACAUUCCUAAAAUGAAGUGAUUUUUAAUUGACGAAAAAGUAAACAAAAAUAUCUUAAUAGUUUUGACUCAUCCCUAAUCUAAACUCACUUCUACAGACUCCUGUUCAAAUUUUGAAAAAGUCAGUAUUAAGUUAGAAGAUAAAUAUUGAGUUCACAUAUGAGCAUAAUAACCCAAUAGUGGUAGAAGAGGGAGACUUCAUGGCAGAACCACAAUAUGACCAGCUGAACAGAAAAUGGAAAUACCGAGCGGUGUGUGUGUAGCUGAAUCCUUAUCCCCCUAUUCCCAUUUUGUUGAUUAGAGAAGUAUACUAGCUGUACUCCUAGCCUAAUGUUUUGCAGUCUGCAUGCUACACCAUACACAUGGAAAUAAAUCCAUUACCUCGAGAAAGAAGUUUUGAAAAAUCCCCCCAAAUGUCCCCAUAUGACACUUUUUUACACCCUCCAGCUCAUUUUAUGCACAGGAAUGAUUUCCUAUAGCAAAAAAAAAAAAUGGAGACUAUCCAGGUCUAAAUAACCCACAGAGGAAAUGACAAAUGUCUCCUUUCUCCAUAGAGGCCAUCUGGUGCCAUUCUAGGGAAAAUUAUUUUAUUUUGUGGGGGAUACAAUGGGCUGGGUGUUCUUGGGGCCAAUGUGAACAUCUAGUCUCUAUCUUCUUUGCUCUCAUUUUUUUAUCCCCUGAAAUACCCCAAAAGCAAUAGAUUUUUCCCAUUAAAAGAUAUAAAUAUGUUCCUAAAGCAAUGGUUCCCAACCGGUGAUUUCCCAGAUGUUUUGGCCUUUAACUCUCAGAAAUUGUAACAGCUGGUAAACUGGCUGGGAUUUCUGGGAGUUGUAAGCCAAAACACCUGGGGACCCAUAGGUUGAGAACCACUGUCCUAAAGCAAUGUGGUUAAUUCUGUUUCCACCAAGACUGAGGCAAGCAAACUUUCAAACCUAUAGGAGUUUGCAUCUGUUUGAUUGCAAGGACCCUGGUCUCAGAAAUUAAAUGUAAGCAAUUUUUCUGAGUCAUUCAAAGUGAAAAGAAGCCGGAGCACAACCAAAUCCCAUGUCUAUCAAGCCAAUGUCAUUUGCUUCCCUCAGAUCCAUAAUACUGGGCACCUACAUGAUAUUCCCAGAUUCCCUUAGGACAGGUGCUCAAGUUUCCAAAAUAUUUAAUGUCAUUAAAAAUAUAAGUUGGGGACUCAAAGAGUCAUUAAACAUGGUAGAAAUCAAAUAUUUAAAGCAUACUCAUAUUUUGCUUCCUGAAACUCCAGAGUAUAAAGGCAGGUUCUGUUGCUCUGACUGCCCAGCAGUCUUGACAAGAAAGAGAGGGGUGACUUUGGUCAGAUUCAUGUGAAUUCAUGGCUGUGGUGUCUCACACAAUCCUGAUUCCCAGCUGCCCAAAAGUAACUAGACAACCACAAUGACACACGGGUGGCUUAUGUUAUACAUCUAUACCAUAAAAGAAAACACUGCAUUUCAGUGGGAUGCCUACUGGCAUUACAAAUGUCUUUCUGCUGCAAUGGAAACUAGCCCACGUCAUGAUAGAAGGUUCACGAUUCAGUAGAUCGAAAGGGCUAAAUUAUGUCUAUUCUGCACAAGGGUUAGUUUUUGAUUAUAUAUGGAGAGAAACCUUAAGAAAAAAGAGGUCUCCUUCUAAAAUACAUUGGCCAAAGUGACUGCAUGAACUGAAGACCCAGGCUAUUCUAAGAACUUACUUUUUGUCUAAUGCAGUGGUUCUCAACCUGUGGGUCCCCAGGUGUUUUAGCCUACAACUCCCAGAAUUCCCAACUAGUUUACCAGCUGUUAGGAUUCUGGGAGUUGAAGGCCAAAACAUCUGGGGACCAACAGGUUGAGAACCACUGGUCUAAUGCCUUUGUGCCAUUCCUGUUGUGGCCACAUCAGAAAGAGGACAGGGCUCAUAUAUCCCACUAACAGUUCUUUAGAAGAGGGAAUUUCAGAAGAUGGCGCUUAUGUGGCAAGCUAGAAUGACUGAAAUCCCAUCUUCAAUGCUUGGAAUGGUCCAUAUGUUGAAAUGCCUCACUCUCCUUUCAUGCUUUCAUCUCCUUUUGUUCCAUUCUCAGGUGGUUAAGCAUUUAAAAAAUAAUAUUCUUUCCUUUGAUAUGAGAAAAGAGACAGUCUUUCAAGUUUCAGUGUGUGGGUGGAAUGUAAUGUUCAAAGAGCUAUUCUUGAAUACAUUCAAGAUUAAAUUGCAAAAAAUGGCAGUGUCUUUUAGUAACAUUUAUAUUGUCUUGUUUGUUAGCUUGUCUUUACUUUGCUAACUGGAAACAUAAAAAAUCCAGAGACACAGGGAAAUAUUGAGAAACACUCCUGUGUAGGGGUAAACACAAGGCAUCGUUUUUAAUUCAAUUACCCCUGAACUGGUCUCUAAGAAAAGUUUUUGCUUUCUUGCUAUACCAUUACUUAUCUUUGUUUGGAUACAUGUAGGAAAAAUGCAAAGCCUACUCUUUGAGCAUCGCAGUAGGAAAAUGGGACAUGGAUUUAAGUAAUCUCUUUCAUCUGAAUGUGAGGAAGCUAUGUGCUUUCAGACAUUUAUGGACACUGCUUAUAAAAAAAUUAAAAUUACAUGUGCUGGG